AUGCCCGGCACGAAUACCGUCACCGCUCUGCGCGGCUUCAGGGUCCGGCUAACGUCUCUUGACAAGUUCCUUGUAGCCAGAGGCGAGGUACAUGGCGCGGAAAAUGGGUUCGUCCCCAUUUAUGACUUUGACAAGCCCGAAUGUCCAGACGGGAGCAGCGCGCUGAUCCACGCAAAGGGCGGUGGCGGCAGCGGAACUCUCUACGUCGUGCCAUCCGCUGAGGGGCACGGUAACACCCCUUACGUCUAUUUGGCGUACCAAUACCGUCACGUCUACUCCCAGUUUCGUAUCACGCCACAGGACCCCCCUGAGGAACCAGUUCCAGCGGGAUUUGAACAACUAAGGCAGGAGAUCCUUGGGUUUAGGAUUGGUCCAGAGGAUGGCGCAGCUCAGGAGGUUGACGAAGAAGACGGGGCCAUGGGGCUGUACAUCUUGUACACAGAGGAGCGGUCAUCGCCCAUCCCGCCGGAGUUGAGAGAGCGAUAUAAAGAAUCAAUCCAGUCCGACAAGUGUGACGAGACUUUCCUCAUGUGGACUUAUAGAUAG